GCCCUCUCUCGGAUUCUAGCAGCUACCAUCCACUUCCUGAUACCUCAUUUGCGCUGCGCGCGUCUGAGCUUGUGUCACUCUGUCCUCGCUGGUGCCUCUCUCGUGGUUGCGUAGCGCACGUCAGAUCCCAAGACAAGGCAUUUCCUGCACGCUCACUCCUCCUUCACGACUUUUCUGACAAAGAAUGCUGGCAACGAUCGAAACUAUUCGGUAUCUUCAGGACUUUGGGUCGCGGGACUGGGGCUCGUCUCCAGCAGCAGAAAUGGACCUGGAUGUGAUCGAGGAGUACCUCCAGGAGCACUCGGGGGAGGUCCAGCAGGCAGGCCCCACGUCCCACUGCAGGAACGAGGAAGAGCCCAGCAUCAUAGAGAACAGCUGGUCAGGCCGCUUUGCAUAUGAGUGGCACUACAGCACCAUGUCCAGGGUGGUGGAGGAGAAGACCCCCGAGCUGCCACCGCAGCAGGCCACGUGGCUCAGCCCAUCCCACACGGAGUGGGGGCACUGCCAGUACGCAUAUGACGCCAACCCCAGCAGCGACUCCGACACCCAGUCCACCAGCUCUGGGUCACACGACUACCCCCCCUCGCCCCCCAUGGAAAGAAGAGGGAAGAGGGCCUGCGACAGCCUGCCUCUCGCCCCCAUCACAGGAAAGAAGAAAGAGCGCCUCUUCCAGUUCCUGUACGAGAUGCUGCAGAACCCCGACAUGCGCAGCUGCAUCUGGUGGGUGCAGUCGGGCGACGGCACCUUCCAGUUCUCCUCGCAGAACAAGGAGAAGCUGGCCCAGAUGUGGGGGCGCCGCAAGGGCAACCGCAAGACCAUGACCUACCAGAAGAUGGCGCGCGCGCUCCGGAACUACUCCCGCACCGGGGAGAUCUGCAAGGUGAAGAGGAAGCUCACCUACCAGUUCAACGAGGGCACCCUCAGGGGCCUCCAGGGAACCUCCUGCAGGACUGGAGGGUGUUAGUGAGGCCCGAAACAGGGGGGCCCGGCCACAGAUGAGAGGGGGAGGACUUAAAUACUGAGUAUUUGCGGGACCGUAGGCUGCGGUCAAGAACUUUCCAUGGCUUUCACUGUAAUUCAGUCACAGGGCAAUCCCAACCAUUGGGCAUGAGCAGAGCUUUGGAGAGAGGCGAAUCAAACAGGCGUGAAUACGUGAACGCAAUUCUAAUGAUAGCUGGGCAAUCACCAGAAGAGGGUGAGAGACUACAAUUGACAAAAAGGAAAGUCCAUUGGCUUUAAGGAAUAUUUGUAAAUCCAAGGAUUGUCGAGUUCUAAGAACUACUUUAUAAGUAGAGGUUACAGGCAUUUGGA